CUCGCACGUAAUAUCCGCAGUCGGCAAUCCUUGCUACUAUUGUUUCAUUCCCGUCCUCAACAUUGAAUCAACCAAGUCUGUCUUGCUUCUACGUCUUCUGCGGCGGAAAGCCGUCUGCUCGAGCCCCAGUUUUCUUGAAAAUAAACAAGACCAAAUUCAGCAAUCAGCGAAGUAUGCGAUCUUCUGAUUCCACGUGAGAAUCAAGCUGCCAGUAAAACAAAUAAGCAUUAUAAUGGAGAAACGGCAAGAGGAAAGUUAUAAGCCAAAAAGAAGCAACCUCGUACAAUGGAUCGCCACAUUCACAGUAUUCUUGCUCAUGCUGCAAAUGGGCAUUGGAAUCGGCUGGGCGUCCCCUAACAACGCCCGAUUGCUGUCCGAAGAUUCUCCGAUACAGGCAACGCCGUCCAACGUAUCGUGGAUGACGUCACUGGUGAGCAUUGGAUCGGCUGUAGGUGCAGUUUUGACUGGCGUUCUUAUAGAAUACGUAGGUACUCGAAGAACGAAUAUAAUAUCGUUGAUGAUGAUGGGCAUCAGUUGGACGUGCUUACUUCUCGCAAACUCCAUCAUGUGGAUUUACGUAUCACGAUUAAUUUUUGGGAUAGCCGCUGUUAUAUUGUUUUGCUGUUUCUCAAUGUACUUGGGUGAAGUUUCAGACCCGCGAAUUCGUGGCACUUUAAUAGCAUUUGGAGCCAUAGGUAAUCCAGUGGGUAUCGUCAUGGGAAUAGUUACCGAGACGUAUUUAAAUAUGACAGUGACUUCUUCCAUAUAUCUGACACUGACCAUAAUGAAUAUCUUAUUGUUUUUUUGGCUGGAUGACAGUCCAUAUUAUUUGGUGAAAAAAGGUUACAAGGAGGCGGCACAAGUAUCCCUUGCCUUUUAUCGUGGCGCGAGCUCGGAAAAAGAACUGAAAGAGAUUAUGAAUUUUGUGGAAAACAGCGAGGGUUUCAAGGACAAGCUGAAAAAGUUAAAGCUCUCGGUUGUGAGGAAAUCCAUUUUCGUGAUUAUGCUUGUGUUUGCACUUCCACAGCUCGGUGGUUACAUGAACGUCAUGUUUUACAUGGAGAUCAUAUUGAAAAGUGCGAAAUUCGAGGCGCUGAAGCCGGAGGAAUGCGUGAUUUACGCCAAUAUCAUCACUGUUAUAGCAGCCUUUUCGACGUUUCCCUUGAUUGACAAAUUGGGUCGUCGAUUUCUAUUGAUUAUCUCGAGUGUCGGCACAGCGAUAGCUCUGUUCGCGCUGGGAUUACAUUUUUAUCUAGUCACGUUGGGUCAUGACGCGAAAGCUCUUCAAUGGUUACCGAUCACUUCGCUCGUCGUGUACUUGAUCGCGUAUCCAAUAGGUUAUGGAUCGGUGCCCGGAGUGCUGCUGAGCGAGAUGUUUCCCGAAAACAUCAAAAGCAUUGCCGUUUGCGCUGCAAGUCUGUCUGCGAGCUCCUCUGGAUUUCUCGUUGUGAAAGCUUACCAGCCGAUAAUUGAUUUGGCAGGGGAAGCUUACGCCUUUUGGAUACAUUCUAUUUUAUCAAUCGUAGGGGUUCCGUGUACGCUAUUUCUCAUUAUGGAAACGAAAGGAAAGUCAUUCCGAGAAAUUCAAGAUAAGUUGAGCACAAAAUAGGUAGAAUCAUUGAGCGCGCGACCGCGUCGAUGAUAACUUCUUUCUACUCGUAGAUGUCACCUGUUGAUGCUAACUCGUCUUACGUACCACAUUAUUCGAGUGUUUCAUAUAAUUCAUAUAACUAUCGGUACAAUGCCAGAUGAGAUUAGAUUAGAUGAAAAAUUAAUCGAGUAGAUUAAUAAAAAACGUGUUAUUUGUAUUGCUGUUGUAUUGCGUCUUAUAUUAUGUACAUUUUCUUAUUGUCAUAAAAUUAUCUUUUAUUACAGAGUAAUAGUUCAAUUAUUAUAAUAUAAUCGACAACCUGACAGUAUUUCUAACAGUAUUACACUUGUGCCUAUAAUAUGGUAUUUAGCAGCUUUUUCCCAAAGCCACACCUAUUGAUUAUAUAUUUCGCGAUGUAAGUAAUUGUUAUGUGGAAAUUAAAUUCUACAGUACGUGCAAGUUUAUCGAUAGAUCUUUUCUUUUAAUAAUCAACAAAUCCAUUGUACGUGAAACGAGUACAAGCGACUUCAGAAUAGAUAACGAAGACUAUUACAUUCUGGCUAAUUGAAUCUAAGCAAAAAAAAAAUAAGCCGCUUCUUCGUAGCGUAAAUAACGCCAUUGCGUCCUUUACCCUCGCCAUAUUUAUAACGUAUCAUCCGAAACGUCUGUCAUGGUCAGUAAAAACGCUGCGUAAUUGAGCUUAUAACAUUCACAAUGAAAUGUAAGUUAUGGCCAAGCGCGCGAGAACUCGCCGGCGUUACUGACAUUGAAUUUUUUUCUCUCGCUCAAUCGCUCAUUCUUCGCAUCUAGCGGCCUCGAGGCAGCCGCUAAUGCGCCUAGCGAACGGUAAUUUUGGGGUCACGACCUACUUAGUCGCGCCGACGCCCUUAGAUCAAGUACACUCACCGGCCGUGACACGAGCCGAGUUCUCACGUGCUUCGCAAUUGCCAACUGCCGAGUAUCAGUAUAUUUGUAUUGCGAGGGCCGGUAGCCAGGCGCUAACACUAAUACCGUUCUGUGUAUGUGGAUUUUUGAAGGCUUCGUUUUCUUUCCGGUGACGACUGUCGUUCAUGGCCCACUAACCUUAUUAAUUAGUGUCAUCCGAUGGUUCAAAUAUUUAUAGGCAGGAAAUAGGUAAAUUACACAGCUUAGUCACUAACUACAAUCGUAUUUCAGAUUAAAUCAAUUGUCAGUAUAAAAUUCGAAAUACAAGAAGAGAGCGAUUAGAAAAAGACAUCACUGACGCGUUGUAAAUCGUUUAUUUUGUUCGUUCAUCGUGCUGCGAUCAUUCUGAAAGAAUUUAUAUUAAGAUUCAAUAAUGCGCAAAAAAAAUUCAUAAAAACAUCUUCAUUGCAAUUACUUUUCCUUUUACGCAGAUCAGCAAUCAUUCACGAUCAACAUUCAUUUAGAACGAAUCUACUGACAAUAAUAGUAUAUACAUAGUUGAAAAACAAAAAUCGCUCGAACGAUAAAAUAGAAGUCGACGUAAUAUGAAUAAUAAAUAGGCAGGCGUGAAUUCACUUGAACAUUAUUAUUCAAACGCAAAUUGCCGUGAGAAAUAUGUAAAAUUGAAAAGCCGCUCUUAUUACGCACGUGUCUAUAGAAAAGAUGUAGUUCAAGGAUAUCUCAUUGUAACAUAAAUCACUCGCAGUGUUACUUCUUCGUUUCUCUUCCAAACUGUUGUGCGGCUAUAUGGAAAUAUGACAGGGAGUAUAGAAUGUCACUUACCAACGAUUACGAAUACCAAAACGUAGAACUCGAUGGCUAUCAAGGUUAGCCUAAAAAAAAAUUUUAAAUUUUUUUCCGGAUUCCCGAGGAAAGAGGUGUGCGCCGGGUGUAGAAGAGCGAAACCUUCCAGCUAUAAAACACGGAUAAUAAAAUUUAACGACGCGCCUGCGCAUUGUCUUACGAGAUCAUACGCGCACUGGGCAACAUCUGUCUGGAUUACUUUGUUUUUAUAUUUAUCGUCUAUUUCCAUUACAGAUCAGAUCUGUUUUUGACAAUCACUUUGUCACGAGCACAUCUCACGCUUUUUAUAUUUUAAUUGUAAUUGCUACUUACUUAUUAUCGAAACCAAUCCUUAAAUUAUUUCAUGAGGUUACUUCAAACUAAUUCUAUAUUUAUAAAUAUCGAUCAUCGUGACGAUACAAGUUAAAACUAACGACAACCGCAACGAAGAAUGAACGAUCUAUCUCAAUUGAUUGUAUGGUACAAUGAAAAACACAGAAUUUCUUUCUUCGAUAUUAUACGAAAAUCUGUCGAGAUUAGCAGUACUGAUGUAUAAUCUUAUCAAAAAAAUAAAAAAAAAACUCUCAAGCAGUCUACUAGCUAUAUAUUUAAUUAUUGUAAAUCUAUCUCUUGAUCUGUUUAUAUUCGAAUUUAAUCACAAGCUUAUCAGAAGGCUUAUUCAAUAUUUUGAAAUAUUGUAAAUUAUUUAAAUGGUAUUGAAAAUGAUUGCUGCAAAAACAUUUGGCAGACAGUACACACUUAUUCUAAAUUUUUUUAUUAUUUAAUGCUUGCGUUUAUAGAAUUUCAAAUAAGAAAAAAUCAUUCGAUAGAUAAACUCGGGACUGAAUUUGCAUUUGACUUGUCAUUUUCUACGUGAUUUCUGUAUAAUGAUUAUAGAAAUGACAACAAUGUAGUAAAUUGACUAUCAUAGGAUCAGUAUUGUAGAAGUAGAUCGGAGAGAUCACACCUUUGACACACUUAUUUGUAGACAUCCAUUAAAUUCAUCGCCUACUUCUAGAUUCCGUUAGUUGAUUGUUCGCUCGAAAAAUUCAAGUCUAGAGUAUAAAAGUACGCAAGACUGAAUUUAUUCGCACCCUAGCUGUGUAUUCUGCGCGCCAAUUCGUAUUAGAGCUAUUAAAAUGGAAUUCACGCAGAUAAUCUUAGGAGACUAGGCUGUAAAUUAUUUAUUCUAUUGAGUGCUAUCUGCACUAAUCAUUUAACGCUUUGAAAUUCCUCUCUUUCGAUUUGUGCAACGAUAUCACUUUAGCAAUAACUCAUUUUGCGGAAAUAUUAAUUUUUGAUAUAUUUUAUCUGGAAAAACGUUCAUAUUGCAAUUUCUUAAUUUAAUCUGAACCAUAAAUGAUUUCCCAAAAUAACAUCCAUAAAUUUCCAUUUUGAAAGAUGGAAAGUCGUCUCGUUUUCACAGUUAAAAAAGUCGCGUCUGUAGGUAUGCCAGGCUUGCUCCCCCUGUUAGCGAGUUUUAUGGUUUUGUGUAUUUACGAUUAUUGGCGUUUAGUCUCUCUCUAUUACUCUGGUAAUCUAUCGUUGUCGACUUUUAAGGGCGCGUGGCACAGGCGCUCGCGAUGACCCCAAAAAAGAGAGGAAAAAGUGAAAACGUGAAAGUGCUCGGACGCGUGUGCGAGGCAGUGAAAAUGACGAGAGAGAAACGCUGGUGCAAAACACGCAGCCCUCGGCCAUGUACAAGACACAAAAGAAAAAAAAAGCAACGUUUGUUGUAAGGAUAAUAAACGGGUCGUAAAUAUUUUCGCUUUCAAAGGCCGCGCGACGACUUCUAAAAUCGGGUCAUCCUUCGGAAAAGAAGUGUACCGCAUUAACACAUCCCUACGUAUAGAUAGACGGGAUAUAAUCUUGACCG